AACGAAACCAAAAAAACAUGUCAAAUAGAUUUUUGCAAUUUCUUCGCGAAUUUAAUUUUGCUUUGUUAAUUUUACUUGUAUAUUAUAAGUGAACUUUGUUCAUUAGCUACCUAACGAGUAUUUAAUUUUGUGUUCAAUAAUAUUUACCUUUACAAAGUUCGGCUUACAGAGCCGAAAUUUUAUCGCAAGAUUUCAAAUAAAAUAAUAAUUAAGUUCAUGAAAAUGUUGGGUCGAAAACAAAGCCUAAAAGGGGAACCGGUACUAGCAGACUACGGCCCCGAAGAAUCUUUAAAUGAGAGCGCAGACAUAGAAUGGGUCAAUAAGUUAUGGGUUAGAAGAAUACUAAGACUAUGUGCUUUAUUAAGUUUAAUGUCAGUAUCACUGAACACUCCAAAAUCAUUUGAAAAAUAUCCUUCACUUCAAACAAUAACAUUUGCUGUAGAUUGCAGUGUUACACUUUUGUUUACUGCUGAAAUGAUAGCCAAAAUGCAUAUAAGAGGAAUUCUAAAGGGAGAUGUGGCUUAUUUGAAAGACCACUGGUGUCAAUUUGAUGCUUCAAUGGUAUUCUUUCUUUGGGUGUCAGUUCUCUUGCAAAUGUUUGAGCUGACAGGCAUAGUUCCCAGAUACAGCUACCUAAGUAUUCUUAGAGCACCCAGGCCACUCAUCAUGAUCCGUUUUUUGAGAGUAUUCUUAAAAUUCUCCAUGCCAAAAUCUAGAAUCAAUCAGAUAUUCAAUGAAAUCACAAUAAAUUCUUUAGCUAUCCCAGACACAUUUUGUUCACCCGACCCAGAUUCUGGAUAUCAAUGUCCACCUGGAAUGAAGUGCAUGAAGCUUAACUUGUCCAAAUAUGUAAUGGGUUUCAAUGGGUUUGAGGAGUUUACAACAAGCCUAUUCACUGUGUACCAAGCGUCUUCACAAGAAGGUUGGGUCUUUAUAAUGUAUCGGGCUAUAGACUCCCUACCAACAUGGAGAUCAGCUUUGUACUUCAGCACAAUGAUCUUCUUCUUAGCCUGGCUUGUGAAGAAUGUUUUCAUUGCUGUAAUCACAGAAACAUUCAAUGAGAUAAGAGUACAGUUCCAACAAAUGUGGGGAGUCCGGAACCCUAUCACUAAAGGCAGCACUACUCAGUUUUUUACUGGUGAUGACAAUGGUUGGAAGUUGGUUACUAUUGAUGAAAACAAACACUCAGGUAGUGCACCAGAAAUAUUCCACAAGUUGUUACGGUCUGCAUAUUUCCGACUGUUAGUCAUGGGGGUAGUAUUAGCAAAUGGAAUAAUAACAGCUACAAUGAACUUCAAACAUGAUGACAAUCCUCGAGAAUUCUUUUAUGAGAAAUAUUACUACAUAGAAAUUGCUUUCACAAUAUUCUUGGACUUGGAGGCUCUGAUAAAAAUAUGGUGUCUAGGCCUGAAGGGCUAUUUCAAGCACUCUGUCCACAAGUUUGAGUUACUUCUGGGUAUUGGUACUACUAUUCAUAUAAUACCUCAGCUGUACAUGUCGGGAUUUACGUAUUUUCAGGUACUUCGAAUAGUAAGACUGAUAAAAGCUUCCCCAUUAUUAGAAGGAUUUGUCUACAAAAUUUUUGGUCCAGGAAAGAAACUCGGCAGCCUGAUCAUAUUCACUAUGUGUUUGCUUAUCAUAAGCUCUUCCAUUUCAAUGCAACUAUUUUGUUUCUUGUGCGAGUUUACUAAAUUUGAAACAUUUGAUGAGGCAUUCAUGUCUAUGUUCCAAAUUCUAACUCAAGAAGCAUGGGUGGAGGUGAUGGACGAAACUAUGGUUCGCACAAGCCAAACAUUGACACCGCUGGUUGCCAUUUAUUUUAUACUUUACCACCUUUUCGUCACAUUGAUUGUGCUGUCACUCUUCGUAGCUGUAAUCUUAGACAAUUUAGAAUUGGAUGAAGAUAUAAAGAAACUUAAACAACUCCGAUAUCGCCAACAAAGUGCCGAAAUCAAAGAAAGUCUACCAUUUCGUUUGAGAAUAUUCGAAAAGUUUCCUGACAGCCCACAGAUGACUAAGCUGCAUAAGGUCCCGGGGGAUUUUAAUCUACCUAAGGUCCGCGAGUCGUUUAUGCGACAGUUUGUGUGCGAAGUGGAGGGCGAGGAGGAGGUAGGCGCGGCGGGUGGAGGGGAUGUGUCGCGUCGAGCCUUCGAGUACAUCGGUGUCGCCAAGAUCGCGUUCCCGUACCGCAAGCGUUGCCUUGUGAAGACCCUCGUCGUGGCCCCGCCGUCCCAGAGACCGAGCUCUGCACUGCGCAGACAUGUUGUCAGCUCCAUCAUUGAGGAUUCAAAUAAUCACAGACCUUUACUGGGAGAUUCAGCUAUGUUAGCAACUGGAGGCAAGUCUGGUCUGAAGCCUCAAGGUACAAUAUCAAGCGCUAAACAACUACGAGUCGACCAAAAGAAGUUUGGGUCGCGUUCGAUAAGGCGGUCGGUGCGGAGCGGGUCUAUCAAGUUGAAGCAAACUUAUGAACAUUUGCUGGAAAAUGGCGACAUUGGUGCGGCCUCGCGCGUCGUGCCGUCCUCACGAGCUCGUCCGCCAUACCUCGACAUACGACUACUGCAGGCCAAGAGACAGCAAGCUGAGAUGAGAAGAAAUCAACGAGAAGAGGAUUUACGUGAAAAUCAUCCAUUAUUUGACACACCACUGCUGAUAGUACCGCGAGAGUCUCGCUUCAGGAAGAUAUGUCGCGCCAUAGUGGACGCGCGAUACGACGCUCGACUACGAGACCCUGUUACUGGCAAUGAGAGAAAAGUUCACUAUAAAAGUUUCCAUAAUUUCCUGGGACUUGUGACGUAUAUGGACUGGGUUAUGAUUAUGGUUACCACACUCUCUUGCUUGUCCAUGAUGUUCGAGACGCCAACGUACAGAGUUAUGGAAAACUUUGUGCUGCAGAUUGCAGAAUACGGAUUCGUAAUUUUCAUGAGCUUAGAACUGGCGUUGAAAAUUCUGGCAGAUGGACUGUUCUUCACACCUAAGGCUUAUCUCAAAGAUGCAGCAGCCGUACUAGACGUCUUUAUCUACAUCGUGUCGCUUACGUUCCUAUGUUGGAUGCCAGUGAAAGUACCUCCCGGGUCCCCGGCCCAGAUGUUGAUGAUACUACGUUGUGUCCGUCCGCUACGUAUCUUCACCCUGGUACCACACAUGCGUAAAGUUGUCUACGAGCUGUGUCGCGGCUUCAAAGAGAUUUUGCUCGUGAGUAAAGACGCUCUUAGUUUUAGUUGUCCAAACGCUAUACCCCAAACUAUUUACAUUCUGGCAAAUCCGAAACGAUUCAACUUCGACAACAUUGGUGAUGCGCUCCUAACAUUAUUUGAAGUACUAUCGUUCAAAGGCUGGUUGGAUGUUCGAGAUGUAUUGAUCAAGGCUUUGGGACCGGUUCAUGCAAUCUACAUACACGUGUACAUAUUCUUGGGCUGUAUGAUUGGACUAACUCUGUUCGUCGGUGUAGUGAUUGCUAAUUACUCAGAAAACAAGGGAACUGCUCUCUUGACUGUCGACCAGCGACGUUGGUGUGACUUGAAAAAGAGAUUGAAAAUCGCUCAGCCGCUGCACUUGCCACCUCGUCCCAACAAAAGAAAAGUGCGAGCCUUUGCAUAUGACGUCACACAGAACUUGAGCUUCAAACGAGUGAUCGCCAUCGUGGUGCUUCUGAACAGUGGAUUGUUAGCUGUCACGUGGUCUCGAUACUCGCCGUACACGGAGCAACUGGCGCUGACGUCAGCUCUGUUGACGCUAGUGUUUGUAGUAGAAGUGUUGCUGAAGACCAUCGCCUUCACUCCGCGCGGCUACUGGCAGAGUCGACGCAACCGAUACGAUCUGCUCGUCACUGUCGCAGGAUGUAUCUGGAUUUUCAUGCAUUUCACUUUAAAGAACGACUUGUCAUACUUCGUGGGUUUUAUGGUGGUUAUUCUCCGUUUCUUCACGAUAACGGGCAAACACACGACGCUGAAGAUGUUAAUGCUAACCGUCGGCGUGAGUGUGUGCAAGAGUUUCUUCAUCAUAUUCGGCAUGUUUCUACUUGUUUUCUUCUACGCGCUUGCUGGGACUAUUGUAUUCGGGAAUGUCAAAUACGGCGAAGGUAUUGGCAGGCGUGCAAAUUUCAACUCGCCGAUUCACAGCGUGGCGAUGUUGUUCCGUAUAGUGACGGGCGAGGAUUGGAACAAGAUAAUGCACGACUGUAUGGUGGCGCCCCCUUACUGUACGCCCGCAGACAACUACUGGGAGACUGACUGCGGGAACUUUACCGCAUCGCUCGCCUACUUCUGCACUUUCUACGUCAUCAUUACUUACAUCGUACUUAACUUACUUGUGGCUAUUAUCAUGGAGAACUUUUCACUGUUCUACUCGAACGAAGAAGAUGCUCUACUGUCUUACGCUGAUAUAAGAAACUUUCAAAAUACUUGGAAUGUGGUUGAUGUCCAUCAGAAAGGAGUUAUACCGGUUAGAAAGGUGAAAUUUAUAUUGCGCCUUCUAAAAGGUCGUUUAGAAUGCGACACCCACAAGGAGAGGCUGUUAUUUAAGUACAUGUGCUAUGAGCUCGAACGACUUCACAACGGCGAGGAUGUUACCUUCCACGAUGUCAUCAAUAUGCUCUCGUACCGCACGGUGGACAUCCGUAAGUCUCUGCAGAUGGAAGAAUUGUUGGCUAGAGAGGAGUUCGAGUUCCUGAUUGAGGAGGAGGUCGCCAAACAAACAAUAAGAACUUGGCUCGAAGGCUGUUUAAAGAAAAUAAGAGCCAAUAGCAAACAACCUACGAAUAGUUUGAUCGCGGGCCUGAGAAAGACAAAUGAGCAAGCAGUUGACAGUAUGAGCAACGAGAAAGUUGACAAAGAGAAACUAGAAACAGAAGCUCAGCAAACUAUCGCUAAUGCAGGUCGCACAGAAAUAACGGAGUCCGCUUCACAACCAGUUAUAUCCAAUAUAUCAUCAUCGUUUGAUUCACAACCGAAGAGAUCUUCAACAAAAAGCCAAUUUAAAAGACCGGGGUUGCCAUCUGUUACGAUUCCGAGACCUGAGAGUCCGAUCAAAAAGUAUCUGCAACCAACUCUCAGUGAUCCACAUCCUGCUCUCAUAAAGAAGUCUUCAUCGAACGUGAAGAGUGGUUCCCGUACGAGCCACAACAGUUCGCAGGCGGCGGGCGGCGGCGGCGGCGGCGGCGGCCUGCCCGCGCUGCACGACGUGCACUCGUGGUGGGCCGCGCACCUCGCCGGCCUCGCGCAUCUACACGCGGACUGA